GGUGCUUCCUAGUUUCUGCCAUAUUUAGUGCUGCUUGUUUCACGGUUGUGAAUCGCACUACCCCCGGGGAAUGGUCUUGUUUUAGCCUCGCAUUAUUCAGUUGCCACCACGAAGGGGAAGGUGCGUGCUUUAUCUGAGAAGUGUGCGACAACGCUGGCAGCGAGAUGACGACGCGAUCGGAGAGAGAAAAGGCCCAGAAACUCAAUGAACAGCACCAGGCCAUCCUGUCUAAAAUGCUGAGGGAAGACGACAACAAAUACUGCGCCGACUGCGAGGCGAAAGGUCCUCGAUGGGCAUCGUGGAAUCUGGGCGUCUUUAUCUGCAUCCGCUGUGCUGGAAUCCACCGUAACCUCGGGGUGCACAUAUCCCGUGUCAAAUCCGUCAACCUGGACCAGUGGACCCCAGAGCAGAUCCAGAGCGUACAGGCCAUGGGCAACACCAGGGCCAGGCAGCUGUAUGAGGCCAACCUUCCCGACAACUUCAGACGGCCCCAGACGGACCAAGCUGUGGAGUUCUUCAUCAGGGACAAGUACGAGAGGAAGAAGUACUACGACAAAAACGCUGUCAACGGAAGCAUUAAAGAAAGGGAGAAGAAGAAGGAGAAGGACUCGGAGAGAGGGACCAAACCACUGGAGAAAGUAAGACCUCCUCAGAAGAGAGACGAGCCCCGCCAGGAGUCCAAACCCAGCCCCCUGAAAAGCGCAGAGCCAGCCAUCGACUUAUUAGGCCUGGAUGCCCCGGCAGCGGGCUCUGCCAGCAGUGGGAGUGGUUCUGCCAGCGCAGCUCCGCUCAGCGAAGACCUGGACAUCUUCGGCCCCAUGGUGUCCAACCCCCUCCCCUCCUCCAACGCACAGUUCUCUCAGGCCAGCUCCAGUAAAGCCGCAGGGGCCCCCCCCGCAGGAACAGGAACAGGAAGUGCGGCCUCCGCCCAGGGGGACCUGGACCUGUUCACCGAGACCGGCGGCAAGGCGGACGACUCGGCCAAGAAACCCCUGUCCAAGGACUCCAUCCUGUCCCUGUACGGCACCAGCAGCGUCUCCCAGCAGCCUGCCCCCGCCGCCAUGUUCAUGGGACCGUCCCAGAUGCAGUUCCCCGCCCAGCCCCCCGCUGGCUACCAGGGCUUCCCGGGCAUGGGCGCGGCCGUGGCUCCACCCACCACCGCGAUGGGCGGGGCCAUGAUGGGCCAGAACGCGGGGAUGAUGGUUGGCAUGACAAUGCCCAAUGGCUUCAUGGGAAGCGCGCCGGCUGGUGUGAUGGGGCUGGCGCCAGGGGUGAUUGGGGCGCAGGGGGGCGCCGUGCCCACCGCAGUGGUGCCCCCCCAGGGUGUGUACGCCGUCCCGCCCGGGCAGCAGGCACAGUGGAGCAUGAGCCAGAUGAACCAGCACAUGUCCGGGAUGAACCUGAACGGCGCGGGCGGGGCCGUGGGUUUCGGACAGCCGGGCGCCGCCCUGGGCGGGUGGGCGGGGCCACCGUCGGGCCAGACCCUCAGCACGCAGCUGUGGAAGUGAGCGCAGGGGGUGGGGUGGGGGCGACACCCCAGUUUUACCCCAUGAACUGACACGCGAUUCCUCUCCUUUCCAACACAGUAACACUCUGGAGAGUGUCAGCUCACUCUGCCCACUCGGUGCGCAUCAACUGAGCGAUCAGAGUGCGGAGGUGUACAGACUGGCUGCUUCGUCCGUCUUAUUCGCAGAGGUUUAUCUUUUUUCUCUCUCUCUCUUUUCCUUUUUGUUAAAAAAAAGCAUAUCAGCGAUGAAGCUGCUGGACCAAUUAUACGAGUGUCUAAUAUAUCAUUACCAAAAUCAAUAGUGAGUAAUAGUAUUUAAAUGGCAGAAAUAUGGCUAUCAUGUUCGUGAAAAACCCUCUCCCACCCACCCAUGUGCAUAACCCUCUACGCCCGUUGAUCCUGUAGAUUUGGUAUGAACAUAUGUACUGUACAUUACCAUAAAUAGAGAUAUUCACAGACCCGCGAGCAGAGCUUUUUUUUUUGUGUUCGCCCGGAAUCCCUCUCUGUUUCAGUUGACAUAAAGCCCUCCAUCUUACUGUGAUGUUUAUUGUGUGCGUUACAGAGAAGCACAGUUUUAGUGAGAUGGGGAGUAAACCUGGACGAGCGUCGGGGGAGCGCUAUGGCUGA